AUGGUAUUGGCCAAGGAUCUGAGAAGACAUUAUGGUCUAGACUUUGUAACAUCUUCUUUGGAGAAGAAAGCAGAGGCAGCAACAAUCAAAGCCAAAUUCAAUCAGGAUUCUACUCACGUACCUGUGCCUUCCCUGAAAGCUAAUGAAUCCAACACGGAGGAAGAAGGAAACUCCAAGCACAAACAUCUGAUCCGUCCAUCUGUUGCUUAUGAGAUAGCUGCUUCUGCUGCAUCUUAUGUCCAAUCUCGUGCUAAGGGCCUUUUAUCCCUUGGCUCUGAGCCUCAGCAGGAGGGGGACGAUGUGGCUUUACAUGGCGAAGAAGACCACCCCCAAGUGGAACAAGGGAGCUCAUCCCCACGAGUGUACAACUCGGAGGUGGCUGCAUAUGUGGCAGCAUCAGCAAUGACGGCUGUGGUCGCUGCAGGCGAAGAACAGAAGCAGGAGGCAGCAAGGGACCUUCAAUCACUUAAAUCAUCGCCUUGUGAAUGGUUUGUCUGUGAUGAUUCGAGCAUAUACACCCGCUGCUUCAUCAUCCAGGGAUCGGACUCAGUGGCAUCAUGGCACGCGAAUCUCUUCUUUGAACCCACCAAAUUUGAGGGAACAGAAGCUCUAGUCCACAGAGGAAUUUAUGAAGCUGCCAAAGGAAUCUACGAGCAAUUCAUGCCAGAAAUCAUGGAGCACUUAAAGAGAUACGGGGAUAGAGCAAAGCUUCAAUUCACUGGUCAUUCCCUUGGUGGUAGUCUCUCUCUUUUAGUCACCUUGAUGCUAUUGACAAGGAAGGUUAUCAAGCCAUCAGUUCUUCGACCAGUUGUAACGUUUGGAUCACCAUUUGUGUUCUGUGGUGGCAAAAAGAUCCUAGAUGAGUUGGGAUUAGACGAGAACCAUGUUCAUUCUGUGAUGAUGCAUAGAGACAUUGUCCCAAGAGCCUUCUCCUGCAACUACCCCAACCAAGUGGCCCGACUCCUCAAGCAAUGGAGUUCCUUCCGAACCCACCCUUGUCUAAAUAAGAAUGUAAGUGUCCUCUUGGCUACUCUAUUUAUAUCUGACUUUCAGGAUCAUCAUUGA